CCGCAACGAAGACCGCUAGGUAUGAGGGUAAUAGUGUGCCGACAUGGAUUGUCAGAGUUCAAGGGUGAUUGUGUGCGAUGGCGCCAUCGAUUAGAAUGACUCUCAGUGACUUCAUGCCUGGCUUACUCUGGGUAGGUACAGUCACUUGUGUUAUCUCUGCUAUAAAGGAGGGUGUGAGUUCUUCUUUGUCCCUUUCUCUCUAUUACUCUGCUAUAAGACACUUCCAACCAAUAAUCCACCUUCAGGUUCAUUUUCCUAUUCCUCUGUCUGUCAUCAAGUCAUUUUCUACCGGGCUUGUUACAUCCCUACGGAGCGCGCCUUCACUGUUUCCAGGCGUCUGUACCACUGUACUGUCUACUCCCCUCCUACUCUACUAAAUACGCUUCUUCCCGAGACCACUGCAUACAUCCCGCACCAUGGCACCCGGCCUGGUCGAGCCUACCGUCCCCGAAUCCAAUGGCACCUCUCUGGUGGGGCUGAAACCGUCCCUCAGGACCAACGCCCUCAACUAUACCCCAGGUCGUUCGCCUGUCAAAAAGCACGACGAGACCUACCCCUACGAAGACCUCCGCCCUCGCUUCCCAGACGUCAAGUGGCCUCCCUUGACCGGAGUCCCCUACUCAGACAAGGGUCUCCUCGGCGACCCCAACUUCAAGCACCUCCUCUCCUCGGCCACCGACGUCUUCGACUAUAACCCCAAGAUCGGCACCGAGAUCCACGGCAUCGACCUGGCCAACCUCACGGACCUGCAGAAGAACGAUCUCGCUCGUCUGAUCGCCACACGGGGCGUCGUCUUCUUCCGUAACCAGAAGAACUUCGACAUCGAGAAGCAGCGGGAGCUGGGCAGGUAUUUCGGGGAAUUGCAUAAGCAUGCGACUACGGCUUGUCCGCGGAGGGAGGGCCUGGAGGAUGUACAUGUCGUGUACACGGGGGAGGAUAGUCCGGAUCUGAGGGCGUUGUUCACGCCGACGUUCUUGUGGCACAGCGAUGUUACCUACGAAGUCCAACCCCCCUCGUACACAUCCCUCAAAGUCCUGACGGGCCCGCCCCGCGGCGGCGGCGGCGACACGCUCUGGUCCUCGCAAUACGCCGCCUACGACAUGCUCUCGCCCGCCAUGCAGAAAUAUCUCGAAUCCCUCACGGCGCUGCACUCGGCCGACCUGCAAGCCCAGGGCUCGCGCGAACUGGGCCGCACCGUGCGCCGCGAACCCGUCACCACCGAGCACCCCUUAGUCAGAACCAACCCAGUCACGGGCUGGAAGAGCCUCUUCUUCAACCCGGGCUUCGUCACCAAGAUCGUCGGCGUCCCCAAGACGGAGAGCGACGCCAUCAUCGCCCUGCUGAAUGAGAUUGUCGCCACGAGCCCGGAGAUCCAGGUGCGGUUCCAGUGGGGGGAAGGGGAUGUGGCGUUUUGGGAUAAUCGGGUUUGCAAUCACUCGGCUUCCUACGGCUUCGCGCCCCAUCGGCGGCACGCGGUGCGCGUGUGCUGCCAGGCCGAGAAGCCGUAUCUGGAUCCGAACAGUAAGAGUCAGGAGGACGAUUUGGCCGAGAGGUACGGGUUGCGCAAGGCGAACAAGGAUGGUGCGGGUGUGGUGAACUACAACGACUGAGUCGGCAGGCGUCAUCUGGAAGUCGACUCUGCUGAGUGAAUUUGAGAUGAAGGAGCAUCUUCCAAUCUCUCACCUUCGGCAACAGCGGGCUCUUCUUUUUUGUCAUUUCCUUCCCUCUUCUGCGAUGGGGCUCCUGGGUCCCCCUUACUCACUUUGUCACUGCAAUUCAGCGGGCGAGUAUGGAUGGAUGCAUUUGGCGUU